AUGUGGUCGUGGUUUGGUGGCUCUGCAGCCCAGAAGCGGAAGGAUGCGCCUAAAAACGUAAUCCUAAUGCUGCGGGAGCAGUUGGAUAUGCUUCAAAAGCGAGAGAGGCAUUUGGAGAAUCAGAUGGAGGAGCAAGAGGCCGUGGCGAAGAAGAACGUCAGCACAAAUAAGAACGCUGCCAAGGCUGCUCUUCGACGAAAAAAGGUCCAUGAGAAGAACCUUGAACAGACGACGGCACAGAUCGCCCAGUUAGAACAGCAGAUCUAUUCGAUUGAGGCGGCGAACAUCAACCAGGAGACUUUGAACGCGAUGAAGGCGGCGGGUGCGGCCAUGACACAGAUCCAUGGCUCGAUGACGAUCGACAAGGUCGAUGAGACAAUGGACCAACUCCGAGAACAACAUCAGCUCAGCGAGGAAAUCGCGCAGGCGAUUACAAACAACCCGGUGGGCGAAGUACCAGACGAAUCCGAAUUGGAUGCGGAACUCGAGGGCUUGGAACAAGAGGCCAUGGACGAGCGCAUGCUCAAGACCGGCACAGUACCAGUUUCAGGUCAACUUGCCAACAGGUUACCUGCCGCUGGGACCGGAGAACUCAAAACCAAGCCACAGCAAGCCGAAGAGGACGAAGAAGCAGAGCUGGAGAAAUUACGUGCGGAGAUGGCUAUGUGA